AUGGUGCCCACCAUCGACGAUGUCUUCGGUUCGAUCGAACGGGAGAUGCUCGCCCCCUGGGGGCUCGCCUCCCGGUUCCCCACGGCNAGCCACAUGAGAUACUCGACGCUCCGUGUACACACGAAGCCCACCAUCGACGAUGUCUUCAGUUCGAUCGAACGAGAGAUGCUCGCCCCCUGGGGGCUCGCCUCCCGGUUCCCCACGGCGAGGGACAUGGUUCCGAGCGUCUCCAGCAGCCUCUUUCGAGACGGAAGCAGAUCCCUCGACAUGAACCUGGAUUUCCACGAGACCAAGGACGGGUUCGAGCUGAUUGCCGACCUUCCCGGGAUGAAGCAAGAGGACGUCUCCAUUGAUGUUGACCAGGAAUCCGGCGUGCUGACGGUAUCGGGCGAGCGUAAGAGCGAGAGGGAAGAGAAGCGCGACGACAAGGACGGCGACAGGAAGUAUCACUUUGUCGAGCGUUCCUACGGCAAGACCUCCCGGUCUGUCCGCCUCCCGGAGGCAGCGAACACCGCCAACGCCAACGCCGACCUCACGGACGGCGUCCUGACCAUCACCUUCCCCAAGAAGGAGGCCCCCGCCUCCAGCCGCUUCCGGAUCCCGUUGGGUGGCGGCGGUGGCGGCGGUGGCGGCGGGGUCGGGUCUGGCGACGGAAAGGUUUCCAUCAAAGGAGGCGCUGCUGCUACCGAAGGCGAUACUGGGUCCUAAGGGUACUACGCUGAGUGACCUGGGGACAAUCCGAUAGUGAUGAUAGUUGUC